UUCGGCCCAUGUUCGGCCAGUCUGUCUCACUCGCUCGGGCGGUCAGUCAAUCGUUUGUCAUGUGCUAAUGGUGAUGGUGAAUCUCAUCUAAAUUCCGCAGUUUAUUUUAGUGAUUCGUAUUACCCUGUUUGAUGGAAUUUACCUACCGCAUUUGGUAAUCGAUUUAAUGACUGCUACAAGUAGCUGACAAAUUUGUAAAAUGAUAAGUUUAGAUAUAAUUAAACAGUCAACCUUCAUCCAUGUCUGUUUUGCCAUAUCCUACUUCACGUCAGGGUUGGCACUCAGCAUGGUGCAGGCAACCCUAUGGUUUAGCCUCAGACCAUUCAACAAGAGGUUGUACAGAAAGAUAAAUUAUUAUCUGGCGUACUCAUUAAACAGCCAGUUGGUGUUCAUGUCACAAUGGUGGGCAAGAACAAAAAUGUCGGUCUAUAUAAAAAAGGAUGAAUAUGACAAGUAUUAUGGUAAAGAGCAUGGUUACCUUUUUAUGAACCAUAGCUUCGAAAUAGACUGGCUGAUGGGUUGGCAUUUCUGUGAUGUGAUCCAAGUUUUAGGGAAUUGCAAAGCAUAUGCAAAGAAGUCCAUUCAGUACAUGCCGCCCAUUGGAUGGAUGUGGAAGUUCUCAGAAUUCGUAUUUUUGGAGAGGUCCUUUGAUAAAGAUAAGGAGAUUAUUAAGAAACAGAUUAAAGAAAUAUGUGAUUAUCCAGAUCCAGUAUGGCUAUUGAUGACCCCAGAAGGAACUCGCUUCACAAAGAAGAAACAUGAGGCCUCGCUAAAGUUCGCCAAGGAGAAGAAUCUGCCUCUCCUCAAACAUCACCUGACGCCUCGGACGAGGGGGUUCACCACCAGCCUGCCGCACUUCAGGGGGAAGAUACCAGCUAUUUACAACAUUCAGCUGGCAUUUGACAAAGAUGCCAAGAACCCCCCGACCAUAACGAGCCUGCUGUACGGCAAGCAAGUCCACGCACACUUGUACAUCGAGCGGAUCCCCGUGGAAAACGUUCCGGAAGACGAGGCGGCCGCCUCGCAGUGGGUGCACGAUUUAUUCGUCGUCAAGGACAAAAUGGCGGAAUCCUUCCAGAACACGGGCGACUUCUUCCUAGAGUCUGGCGUUGAACGAAUCGAGCCAUUCCAGUAUCCUGUCCGGAUCUACUCGCUCAUCAACACGCUCGGCUGGGCCGUGAUCACGCUCACACCCAUGAUGUACUACCUCAUGGGACUGUUACUUAGUGGGAGACUGUUGUACUUUUCCAUUGGUGUCGCUAUAUUUUUUGGAUUUUACGUCAUCCUGCAGAAGUCCAUAGGCAUGUCAAAAAUUAGCCAAGGCUCAUCGUAUGGGACUGAAAAAAAAUAAACGUUAGGUACAUUAUAUUGUUACAGUAUUCACAAGGAAUAUUAUAGUUUAUACUAUAAAAUCAAAUAACGAAAAUUCUUUAUAUAAAUAAUGUUUUGUACAGUUAACAAUCGGCCUUUUCUAGGUGUGUUUAACUUGGUAUUGUAGCUGUAAAUGUUGCAAUACAAAAGACAACGUAUUCUAUUCGUAGUUGUAUUAUAUUUGGUGAUAUCGUAAGGGGCUAAACUGUUUAUAUUAAAUUUGAUUGUUUCUAUUAAUGAAACAUUUAAUUUGAUACUAGGGAAAGUGGGAAAUUUAAAAAAUGUUACUUUUUUAAUUUCAUUGACACAGUUUAAUUUUUUGGUUACAUUCUACUUAGAGGAGUACCUACUAUAUUCUAGUAGCACAUAAUUGUCCACAGACAUACAUAUGAUAUAUGUGUGGUAAAUUAAUAACUAAACCAACAAGAAAAUGUGCUAUGUAGCAGUGGCGGCACGUCAAACAUGUCCUUAGGCAAGCCGGGACUAAUUUGGCUUAAAUAUUUCCUUUACAACUCUGCUCAAACGUCCAAAAACAGGCAAGUCGGUAGGAAUCGGCUUAUGUGGACGCGCCGCCACUGCUAUGUAGGUACCUAAAACUAUCGACCUGUGGACUAUUAGAAUUAUAUAAUAUCAUUUCUGAGAGGAAUAUGUCCUAAAAUUUUCAAAAUGUUUCAUAUAAUAUGUUAUAAAUUUCCCACCUAGGUACUGUUUUUUAUAAAGUCUAUUGAUUAAAAGCAAGUGAUCCGAAACAAUGGAUGCAAUUAACCAUUUAAAUCUACUUAUCGAUUUGCUGAACGCAUUCCUUACAUUACAUGUGAACUAUUACUUUUUUACUUCACGCACAAUUUUUUACUACCAGCCGGGCUAGCACAUUAUUGGCGCGACAGUAUCUCGCGGCGAGAUAGACAACCCGUCCCUCUUUUGUUAACAUAGAAAAAGACGGGUUAAUCUCGCCGCGAGAUACUGUCGCGCCAGUCAUGUGCUUGGCCUACAGCACAAAUGCCCGAGGUGGGCUUAUUUUAGUUUUAAAACUUCACCCAUCCUAGCUAAGCUGAUCUUAAAGACUGAUAAAUAUGUCCUAACAGGACAAGUUUUUGUAAAAUAUAAAUAUAAUUGCAUCCACAUAGUUUCGUGCAUAUUCAUGUAGUAUUUUUAUAGAUUCAUAGUUCCCUUCGAUUAUUUUUAGAAUAAGACUUGUGGUGUUUGAAAUUGUCCAACUGGAAACGACAUUUUAACUCUUUAUUUUGUUAUUCAACGAUUUUAGGAAUAUAUCAGUGAGUUUGGUCAAAAGCCAACAGUAUUUUAGAAAGAUAGCCAAACCAAUUUUAGUGUUGGAUUUGGAGUUAUAAGUACAGAUGUAGUGCGUAACUGUUUUCCUUCGUAUUUUCUCGGAAACUUUCGUAUUUGUCUUGCUACUUCAGUCAACGUCAGUACAUUUUGUACCAAGACUGACUGAAAUAGCAAGACACGUUCGUACGUUUCCGUGAAAAUACGAAAGAAAGAAUAAAACAAUUCGGUAUGCACUACAUCUGUAUGCCAUGUUUACGUUUUUUCUGAAGAUGGUUUACAAAUCCGUACGCAAAUAUUUUCUAAUGUCUACCUAACGUUAUUAAGUAAGAUAGUUUUGGCAAAAAUAAUAAAGCGAAAAAUUUUGAAAUAAAAAUUUAGGUACUUACUUACCUAUAACCCUAUUUUUGUAAUCAUGUCAGUACCGUAAAAAGCACAAGAUUUGUGAUAGAUUAUUUGUAUUAUUAUGUUUAUUUAUUGUUUUUAUUAUAUGGUUACAAUCUUG